GCGUCCAGCAGUUUGAUAAUCAUCAAGUCUCGAGAACUUAAUGGAUAUCUUAAAUUACUCUGGGAUUUAAUGGAAACUUAUAAUAUAAUUACGCUCGUAAUUUAAACACGUUUUAAUAUUGUUUAAUAUAGCUAUAAUUUAUGAUUUAGAACAAAAACUAUUUAAAAUUUUGCGCUAGAAUAUUUUAUCUCGCAACUGCUGUAGUACUGAUCUAAAAGUACUACACUCGUAUACAAGUUAUGAAAUAUACUUUUCAAACAAAGUUUAUAAUUUACUUGGAUCAACAACGAUAGAACGAUAUUUAAUGAACGCACUCAUGACCAACUUCAGAUAGUUUAUACGAUCCUGAAAAUUCAAGUGUGGGAGUAGACGACAAGAACAGAGAAGUGGGGGAGGCAAAAGUAGUAGUCACCUUUUUAUAACUUCUUACUCGUUGAAGUAGUUAUAGGUUAAAUUUUUUUAUUUAUUUAAAAAAUAACAAGUAAUUUAAAUAAAAUGGCUGGAGGAAAAACCGCACAAUCUGGAUUUCAACCGGAUUCCGAUGUACAUAUUUCGUUUGAAGAUCAACAAAAAAUCAACAAAUUUGCCAGGCAAAAUGCUAAAAUGGAAGAUCUCAAGGAAGAACUAAAACUGAAGCAGAAUGAACUACAGAAUUUAAAAGAUGCUGUCAGCGAAUUGGACUUAUUUGAUGACGACGCAAAGAUCCCAUAUCACAUAGGAGAAAUCUUUGUUGAUCAAGAUUUGUCAAAAACUCUGAGUUGUCUUGAAGAUGCCAGGGUGAAAAAAGAAAAAGAAAUAGUAUCUUUGGAAGAGCAAUGCACUACAUUAAGAAGUAUGAUGACUGAAUUAAAAACACAAUUGUAUGCUAAAUUUGGUAACCAUAUAAAUCUAGAAGCAGAUGAAGAAUAAAAAUGCAUAUAAAUUUA